AGGUCAGGUUUUCUUUUGGUACAUACAUGACGGCGGAUUACAUUUCACCAUGUUUUUCGGACGAUUUAUUAGCAGUGUUAGGUCUAAUUAUGUUCCAAUCAAUAAUAUACUUAAAUUCCGAACUAAUUCAUUAACUGCUGUUUGUUCGCUACGCAGUGUCGGAACCGUUCCGGCAAGUACUGAAAAACCUGUUAAAAAAGAUAAAUUUGUUCAUUUUAACUACAAAGAUGCCUUGGAUUUAGAUUGCAACUUAACAGAGGAGGAAAUCAUGGUGCGAGAUCAGUUCCGAGAAUACUGUCAAGAAAAGUUAAUGCCUCGAGUGCUAAUGGCCAACAGAAACGAAAGUAUUUAAUACUCAUACACUUUGUUUAU